AUACAGAGAAGACUAGUUUGUCCAUCCGUUUCUUAAUCCAACAUGUAGAUGUAAGCACCUCUACCAAGCGUCGUUCUGACGCCAACUGCCCAAGUGUCAACCUCCGACCUUCUCUGAAAAUCUGAAUGCUGAGACUAGUCCAAGGGAACCCAUAGUUUCUGUCUCGAUGUUUUGCAGGCCAGGUCUCAAGGUACUUCAUUUGCACCGUACCGGAGAGCCAAGGAGAUGUGUGCACCUUGAACUACUGCCAUGUUUUUGUACCGCACUGAAUGACCUGAACAAUGGAUUGGUCACGUUCCACCUUCAUCACGGCCGCCGUCCUCCUCCUCUUGCCGCACUUGUGCUCACCGGCCGGCGACCUGCUGUCCCACGGCGAGUCCCUGUUGCCCGGACAGACAGUCGUGUCCGACGGUGGCGCCUUUGCCCUGGGCUUCUUCUCCCCCUCCAACUCCACACCGGGCAGGCAGUACAUCGGCAUAUGGUACAACAACAUCCCCGUGCGCACCGUGGUCUGGGUCGCCAACCGGGAUGCACUGGUCAUCGUCGACGAGCCUUCCGGUAAUUCCUCUUCUGCGCCGUCGCUCGCACUGGCCAACGACUCUAACCUCGUCUUGUCCGACGCCGGUGGCCGCGUCGUUUGGACGACGAACGUCACUGCCACCGCGAGCUCAUUGUCGAGUGGUUCGACGGCUGUGCUUCUGAACACGGGCAACCUCGUCCUCCGGUCACCGAACGGCACCACGUUGUGGCAGAGCUUCGACCACCUGACCGAUACGCUCAUCCCCGGCAUGAAGGUCGGGCUGCGCUACCGGACGCGCGACGGCGUGCGCAUCGUGUCGUGGAAGGGCCCCGGCGACCCCUCUACGGGGCGCUUCUCGUACGGCUUGGACCCGGACACGUCGCUGCAGCUGCUCCUGUGGAACGGGACGCGCCCGUACUGGCGCAGCACUGUGUGGACGGGGUACAUGAGCAUCAGUAAGUACCACGCCACCACCGGCACGGUCAUCUACGUGGCCGUCGUCGACAGCGAGGACGAGAUCUACACGACCUUCUCCGUCUCCGACGGCGCCCCACCGACGCGGUACGUGGUGACCAGUACCGGCAAGUUCCAGCUACUGAGCUGGAGCAGCAACGCGUCCGCGUGGACCACGCUCUUGUCGUGGCCGUCCCGCGCGUGCAGCCCCUACGGCAGCUGCGGACCCUACGGCUACUGCGACCACACGGAGGCCGCCGCGACGUGCAAGUGCCUCGACGGCUUCGAGCCAACGAGCCGCGAGGAGUGGAGCGGCGGCACGUUCUCGCUGGGGUGCCGGCGAAGUCAGGCGCUGGCGCCGUGCGGCGGCGGGGAUGAGUUCUUGGCGAUGCCGAACAUGAAGGUGCCGGACAAGUUCGUGCUCCUCGGGAACAUGAACUCCGGCAACGAGUGCGCGGCGGAGUGCCUCCGCAACUGCUCAUGCGUGGCGUACGCGUACGCGAGCCUGCGCAGCAGCAGCGCCAAGGGGGACAUCGCGCGGUGCCUGGUGUGGGCCGGGGAGCUGGUCGACACGCAGAUGAUCGGCGCGCUCUGGGGCGUGACUGCCGACACGUUCUACCUCCGGGUUCCUGCAGGCCGAAAGGCAAGGACAAAUACUUUGAAAAUUGCACUCCCAGUGCUGGCAAGUGUUUUGAUGCUCACAUGCAUCUUCUUUGUAUGGUUUCGUAAGUCCAGAGAUAAGAGAAGAAGCAAUGAAAGUGAGAAGAAGCUGAUGCCCGGUAGUGAGCGUACUUCAAGUGAACUUGGAGAAGGGAAUCGUACUGAAGAUCUUGAAUUCCCAUCCAUACAAUUCAGUGAUAUCGUCGCGGCGACAAACAACUUCUCGGGAACAUGUAUGAUCGGACGUGGAGGGUUUGGCAAAGUUUACAAGGGAACGUUGGUAGGUGGUCGCGAAGUUGCUGUCAAGAGGCUCAGCAAGGAUUCUGAACAAGGGAUAGAGGAGUUCAAGAAUGAAGCUAGUUUGAUUGCCAAAUUGCAGCACAGAAACUUGGUACGACUUCUCGGUUGCUGCACCGAGGGAGCUGAGAGGUUGCUGAUAUAUGAGUACUUGGCUAACAAAGGCCUGGAUGCUAUCCUUUUCGAUAGCGAAAGGAAAUCAUUGCUGGAUUGGCCGACACGAUUCGGGAUAAUCAAAGGCGUCGCUCGGGGACUUCUUUACCUCCAUCAAGAUUCAAGACUGACAGUGAUACACAGGGACCUCAAAGCGAGCAACGUUUUGCUGGAUGCAGAGAUGAGACCAAAAAUAGCAGAUUUUGGUAUGGCAAAGAUUUUCGGUGAAAACCAGCAAAAGGCGAAUACGAAAAGAGUCGUCGGGACAUAUGGCUACAUAGCUCCUGAAUAUCAAAUCGAAGGCGUCUUUUCGGUAAAGUCUGACGUGUACAGCUUUGGCGUCCUGCUCUUAGAGAUUGUGAGCGGUGUCAAGAUAAGCUCUACGGAUGACAUCAUGGGGUCUCCGGGCCUUGUAGCCUAUGCAUGGAAGCUAUGGAAGGACGGCAACACAAGUGACCUGGUAGACUCAUCCAUCGCGGGCUGUGUACUGGAUCAGGUCUUGCUCUGCAUCCAGGUCGGGCUCCUGUGCGUUCAGGACGACCCGAACGCUAGGCCGCUCAUGUCGUCCGUCGUGUCCAUCCUGGAGAACGGGAGCGUGUCUCUCCCAACGCCGGAUCAGCCUGCGUAUUUAGCAGAGAGAGGUCGUGAUAAAGGACCAGGAGACGUUGAGAACUCAAGAAACACCAUGACCAUGACUGUUCUUCAGGGACGGUAGAUAGAGCAACUUACCCUGUUGUGUUGGCAUGGCCUCUUCAGAUCCCGCGUGUUUCUGAAUGGAGUUGCGUUUGAGCUUUUUU